UUGCAGAAGGCUUCUCCCUUCCUCGCAGGAUGGCCAGCUCGACCCUCAGCCUCAUCUACAGCAACCGGCCUCAGCGAUUAACGCAGGUUGUGGCGACAAUGAUCGUAGCUCUGGGCCCCUUGGCAACGGGUCUGGGCAAGGGCUACUCCUCCCCAGCCCUCGCCUCCAUGCAAAUUCCCUCCUCCACGAACAGCUCUCACUCUCACGACUUCUCCAUCACGCAAGAACAGGGGUCGUGGAUCGCUUCCCUCUCGCUCCUGGGAGCCUUCUUCGGCGGCAUCCCUGGAGGACUGGCCAUGAGGCUAGGAAGGAAGAGCGUACUAGCCGUCGUGUCUCUACCUUUCGCCCUCUCUUGGCUGCUAACGGUCUUCGCCUCGAGUGUGUAUAUGGUCUACGCUUCUUCCUUCCUGUGUGGCAUAUGGUCAGCGGUGGUGUCGCUGGUCACUCCCGUCUACAUCAGCGAAAUCGCCCAUCCGGAAAUCCGUGGCUGUCUCUGCUCCGUAGCUAAGCUUACGGCUAAUGUAGGCAUGCUUCUCUCUUUCCUACUGGGCGUGUACCUCGACUGGCGCCAACUGGCUAUGGUGGCCUCCAUCGCCCCGGCGCUGCUCUUCCUGGCCCUCAUGCUCAUUCCCGAGACGCCCAGUUACCUGCUGUAUCGCGGCCGCGAAGACGACGCCGCGACGUCUCUCUCCUGGCUGCGAGGAGGACUGGACGUCACGCAGGAGCUGGACACCAUGAGGGCCAACAUCGAGGCCAUGCGGGAGAACACGGAGGUCACAUGCUACCGGGAAUGGCGCCGCGAUCUCAUCAAGCCCGUCCUCAUCACCUGCGGCCUCAUGGUCUUCCAGAAAUUCAGCGGCGCCAAUGCCUUUAAUUUCUACGCCGUACCGAUCCUGACCGAAGCCUUCGCUGGGAUCAACCCUUACAGCGCCGCUGUGGUUGUCGGCCUCCUGCAGAUCCUCGCGGGGAUGGUGUCGUCGGUCCUGAUCGACACUGUAGGUCGACUCCCGCUGUUGAUAGUGUCGAAUCUGCUGAUGUCGACGGCGCUAGCAGGCUUCGGUACCUUCCUGUACGUCACGGGCAGCAUCGGUGGCGGGGCAGGGCCGGGUUUAGACUGGAUUCCUCUCACCUGCGCCUUAAUAUUCCAGGUGGCGUAUGCUCUGGGAAUCUCACCCAUCGCCUGGAUUUACAUCGGCGAAUUGUUCCCGCUGAAGCACCGGGGUUUAGGCGCCAUCGCCAAUUCCGUCAGUUACGCCUGUUCCUUCGCCAGUGUGAAGACCUUCGUAGACUUCCAGUUGCUAUUGGGGCUCUAUGGAGCCUUCUGGCUCUACGCGGGGAUCUCGCUGGUCGGCCUGGUCUUCACCGUGGCACUGGUCCCGGAAACGAAAGGUCGCGGCCUCCAGGAAAUGCAGGAAAUCUACACGCCGAGGGAGUACACUCCCAUCUACAAUGAACAGGGAACGCAGAACAAGUUGAUACCUUAAUGUGUUCGUCUGGUGUUAAAGUGGUGUAGUGUGCUGAACUUUCAAGUGUACUAGAGCGACGCCAGGACCCGCGGCGAGAGGAAGGGGGGUGGGGGGGGGGGGAGUGAAUCUCGUGUGUAAACACAAGGAUGCUAAACGGCUCGUCUGGUUCAUCUCCAGUAUGUGUGGUAUAGGAACACUUGGUGUGUGCCAGCAUCUCUGUCCCUGAAGAUCUCGCGCUCAUGUGCGCAUGUGUGUGUGUGUGUGUGUGUGUGUGUGUGUGUGUGUGUGUGUGUGUGUGUGAGAGUGUGUGUGUGUGUGAGAGAGAGAGUGUGUGUGUGUGUUUUUAUAGAGAGAAGAUGAACACUUGUAAUUAGACGUCUUUCGUACUGAAAUUACUAUUUUCUUAAUGCUUAUACCAUAGAUGUGUUUGAAGAGUUGGUAUGCCGUGAAGAGCAUACCAUGUGGCCAAAUACUGACUAUAUUGUAAAUACUGUACAAAACCUCCCAAAUGAUGUGUAAGAUAAUUGUAAUUUAUUAGAGAAAACAACUAGUCUGUAUAUAGAAAGAAUUUCUUUUUCUAUUUCUCUUAUAAACACUUUGUAACAAUACUUAUUCUGAUAAUAAAAGAUUGUUGUAAAA